ACCUCCAAACAAUCAACAUCAAUCUUCACAAUGUCCUCCUUCGCCGUAGUAAAAGACAUCGACCACCUCGUCCUAACAUGCAAUGACAUCCCCGCCACCAUAGAGUGGUACACCAAAUAUCUCGGCAUGAAGUCCGAGACCUUCACAUCAGCAACCGACCCAUCGUCUCCACCUCGCAGCGCCUUGAAAUUCGGCACUCACAAGAUCAAUCUUCAUCAGCGCGGCAAAGAGUUUGAGCCCAAGGCUAGAACUGCCUUGCCUGGUACCGCUGAUUUGUGCUUUAUUAUUGAGGAUGGGACAGAUCUGCAGGGCUUGAUUGAGGGGUUUGAGAAGGAGGGUAUAAAGGUUCUGGAAGGGGGAGAGGUUGUUGGGAGAACGGGGGCUAUGGGAGGGAUUAGGAGUAUUUAUGUUCGUGACCCUGACGGGAAUUUGAUUGAACUUUCCCAGUACUCGACUUAAGGGCUGAGAUUUGUCAACUUGUAUUACCACUUUGUUCGGCUUUUUCUUUCCAUACGUGGGGUUCAAGUACAUAAAAGUAUUCUAUCGUCUUUUCUGUUUACAUCCUGUGAUUAGAUCUCAC